AUGGUGGAAUCUGAUGCAUUACGCAUGGCUGCUCGCGCUGAGCAGGACCUCAACAGCUACCCGGCCAAGCAGGGUCUUGGGCCCAAGAGUGACUCGACCCUCGAGUCCGGCGUGAACGAGUUCGUCGACAAGAAGUUCCCUCAAGAAACAGGUGUCCGCACCGGUAGAGAGGCAGGCCCUACCGGCAGUGACAAGAAACCCAUCCCUGAAGACGAAGGAGGCAGCCGUGAUGACCGGGGCAGAUUGGCACCGGCUGGCGAAUUCCAGGGUAAGGGAGGUCCCGAGGAUAAGGCAAGGAUCCAAGGGGAGCGUCGUCCUGGUGAUCAAGACACGCUUAACCUGCAAGACUUGAAGCGCGAGGGUAUCGCCAAAUAG